CUUCAGGUCUUCUGAUAAAGAAAUUAUUUAAGAUGAAGAAAGCUCAUAUUCAAAUCAGUUUUAUUAGACUAAUUAAUACAGCAACAUGAUGUCAUCAAUGAAGAGUUUAAGUCUUGUUCUUGUUUCUCUGGUUGGUUUCUCAAACUCAUUAUAUCCUUGCAGUCCAGACCUACCUGGAGGAGGAAAAUGUGAAGAAGGGAAGUUUAGUGUAUAUCCUGAUCCUGACUCAUGCUCAGACUUCUGGCAGUGUAUAAACGGCUGUGCACAGAAAGUUUCUUGCGAUGACGGAUUCCUAUUUGACGAGGAUCUCCAGAUGUGCGAGGAUGAGGAUAAGGUGGAUUGUGGAUGUGGACAUGAAAUCAGCUGGCAGGGGCAUCCAGACGGAUUAUAUGCGGAUCCGUAUAACUGCAGGCAGUAUUGGAAUGUGGAAGAUGGGGUUGGUAUUGAGCAGACGUGUGAUGAAGAUUAUGUGUUUGAUGAACAGAACAAAUGGUGUGAUUUCCCAGACAGAGUUGACUGCAAGGAUAGACUUAUCUGUGAUGAUUGCGAUAAACAUUGCCAUGCUUCUGUUCCUUCAACCAGUACUACUGAAGACCCAGACAUUUUCUGCACUCCGUUCUGCAAAGGAGAUGGCGAUUUUGCAAUGGGAUGCUGUCUAGAUAGGUUUUGCAAAUGCUGGCAAGGAGUGGGAAAAGUGAUUCUUUGCCAGCCUACUCUGCAGUUUGAUGAAGAUGUGGACCAAUGUGUUUGGCCAUAUGAUUGUACUUGUCAUUGAGAUUCAGCCCCAUAAUAAAUUUUAAAUGGUUGCUGCGUA